AUGAAGAUCGCAAUAUCAGCCUGUGCCUGCAAGCAAGAGCUGCCCCUAGUAAGUUUCGAAAAGGGACUAACGAUGGAGUCGUUGUUUCAUCAUCGGAGUAAGGACAAGGUGGUAGUGAUAAUGGGUGCCACGGGUACCGGGAAGACGAAGUUGGCUAUAGACGUGGCAAAACACUUCCAACCAGCGGAGAUAGUGAACUCCGACAAAAUGCAAGUGUACAAGGGCCUCGACAUCACCACGAACAAGGUCACCGAAGAAGAGUGUGCCGGGGUCCCACACCACCUGCUUGGCACUGUUGACCCUAAUAUAAAUUUCAGUGCUAACGACUUCUGUCGCCACGCCACUUCCGCGAUCGAUUCCAUUGUGGAAAGGGAUGGCUUACCCAUCAUUGCUGGAGGCUCCAAUUCUUACUUGGAGGCGCUGGUGAAUCACCACGCGGAGUUUAGGUUAAGGUACGAGUGCUGUUUCCUCUGGGUUGACGUGUCCCUCCCAGUCCUCCAUUCCUCUCUCCAGGCACGUGUGGACCGCAUGAUCGACGCCGGUCAAGUCAACGAGGUGCGCGAGUUCUUCGACCCUAGCGCCGAUUACACCAGAGGGAUCCGAAGGGCCAUAGGGGUGCCCGAAUUCGACGACUUCCUACGCGCGGAAGCUUCUGGAACCGAGGACGAGAUUACCAGAAAAAGGCUUCUGGAGGCUGCCAUUGCCAGGAUCAAGAUCAACAACUGCACGCUCGCCAACCGCCAGAUUCAGAAGAUUCACCGCCUCCACGGGUUGUGGAAACAGAGCAUGCACCGCCUCGACGCCACCGAGGUUUUCCUCGGGUCCCGCGACGCCUGGCACGACCACGUGCUCGCCAAGACCUUGCUCAUCCUCCACAAGUUCCUUUACGGGGAAAAGAAAGCCCACGUCCCCGCCGGAAUCGUUUCCCCAAAAGACGUUAUUGCGGCUGUUUCUGCGCCGGCGGUAGCAAUGGCAGCAACCCAUUAG